UUAAGACUUUGAACAACUGUAAUAAACUCAAGGAGUAUGUCCAGACCCAAGGUAAAAGCGUCCUUGUCAUGGAAACCAUGGCAACGCUUAAAGACAUGGAGGUGUUCACUUUGGACCUUCUGAUGAAAAUCUCAGCUGACACUGCAAAGAGCCGCCUUAAGAGAUACUUCAAAUCAGACAACAAGGAAUUCUUCCUCCUAAUCGACGAUCUACAGAGUCUUUUCACGGAGCUGUCAUGCUGUCAGGAUACAGGCCUACAAGAGAGAGUGAUAGACGAGGCCUACAAGCUCAUCGCUCACUUAUACCUGGCACAUCUUAUCCAGAGCAAGCAGAGCAAACUGAGUAGGUGUUGGAGUCCAGAUGUUGGACAAAAGGUUGCUGAUGAUGCAAAGACUCUUCACGACACCUUCUCUGAAUCGGUGAGAUCAACGGACUGCUUGUUAAUGACAUUCGCGCUUCAGGAUAAAAUCUUCACUGGUUUCAACACAACUUCCCUGACCUGUGUGUUGUGUUGUUUCAGGCUCCUGGUGUCAGACCGUGGAACUCCAUGCUGCAGAAAGUAAAAGACCUGUUGGAGUGUGACAGCAUCGACACGAUGAAGCUGACUGCUGCGAGCAUGCAGACAGACACGUGCACAUCGAGCGAGGAUCUAAAGCUCCUGCCCAAACUGCUGCAAUGGAAAGAUCUCUCUGGACGGGAGGUUAGGGAGGUCCUGCAGGUCCUGGAGGACCUCCCUGGAUAUCAACCCCCACCCAGAACCAGAUCUGUUUUCUGUUUCUCUUGUUUUACUGACCAGCAAAGGCCAGGCUGCUCAACGAAGAAGAUCAACUACAACAAGCAAAGAGGUUUGGGAAGUCAUGAGGAUUUCCAGAUGAUCUGAAUCCUGUUGAGCCCACUCUGUUACUGGUGUCCCUUCUCAAGUCUAAUCUGCAGACAGAGAAGCAGACUGGUUACACACGUUUUUUAUAAGCCUUGUUUACAU